AUGUCUUACGAAAUGUCCCACAUGGGCCCGAGGGCCUUCAACCACGACAACAGCAGCGACGCCGAAGCCGAGUACGAUCGACUCCGCGAUCUGGCGCGUCAGGAAGCCUCCAAGCGCGGACAAUGUUUCUCACGGUCCAAGGAAGCAUACUCGAGCGGUGAUGGCGCUGGCGCGAAGCAGCUCUCUGAGGAGGGAAAGGCGCACGGUCGCAAGAUGGAAGAGUACAACAAGCAGGCGUCUGAGUUUAUCUUCCGUGAGAACAACGCCAGUGGGCGCGUUGCCGAUGACACGAUCGAUCUGCACGGUCAGUUUGCUGAGGAGGCUGAGGAGAUUUUAGAGGAGCGCAUUAAAUAUGCCAAGUCGCAUGGGCAGAGUCAUCUUCACGUUAUCGUCGGCAAGGGUAACCACUCCGCCCAUCACGUGCAAAAGAUCAAACCGCGCGUCGAGCAGGUCUGCCGUGAACUCGGAUUGCAAUAUGCCACGGAGGAAAAUGCUGGUCGCAUUUAUGUCAACUUGACUGGUGGAGAGGCUGUUAUGCCGCCUUAUGGUGGUGACCAUCAGGGCUCGCACCAGUACCCUGGUCAGCAGGGUCACCACCAGAACCAGAACCAGAACCAGCCUGAUGAGCUUGAAAAGUUGGCUAAUGCUAUUGUGCCCAAGGUUCUGCGCAAGCUGGAGAAGGCUUGCUGUGUUGUUAUGUGA